AUGCUGGAAACACAGGAUACAGACCUGCAGAAACGUUCGCUUCCAGACCCUGCUGACUUGUCUAGUCCGUCAAAGAGAGCCAAAACUGGUGAUGCGUUGUCGACAGAGGGUGGAGCAAAAGAGACAAACUUAGCGUCUAAAGUUGAGCACACUAAGACUCUUACAAACACUUCCAACACAACAUCAAGUCAACCAGCUAAUACCGACACCACAGCAACCGCACGUGAGGGCGCAAGCGCUGGCAAGGGUUCAAACACCAAUGAUAAAACCAAGUCUGAUCAGCAAGACUCGUCGAGGCUAAACGAUGCAAUUGCAGCUGCAGGAGUCAAUUUGCAUGAAGAAGAAGAGCUCUUGCUACAACAGCAAUUGGCGCGCAAGAAUGAAGCGAUGAAUGAAGGGAAUGCUAAUUUGCAAAGUCCAAAGGUAUCCACCUUUUUGAAUCCUUACCACUUGGCUGCUUUUCUCGGAAAAGUAGCAAAGAAACACCAAGUAAACCAAAGCUUCCUUGAGGAUGGAGAUGUUCUCAAUCUUAUCUCAGGUGCGUGUGAGACGUGGAUAUCUCAUAUAGCAGCCAAGACUAUUACCAUAUCCCGCCAUAGACGAAGGGGAGGUGUAUUAACAACAUCCAAAAAAAAUGGCGCUUCGUCGUCCUCGUCGUCCCAAAGGUCGGCUGUGAGCAGGGAAUUGCGUAAUUUAGCAGUCAAACAAAAAGAGCUAGAGGAGAAGAGGGUCAAUAAAAGAAUAGCAUUGGGAAUUGAAAAAAGUGCUAACGACCCCAGUGAUGAAGGAAAUGGGGAUGGCAAAGCGGGUGCUGAUGAGACAUUGCAUAGAGCUGCUAAUGCCACGGCUGCUAUGAUGACUGUGGGGAAGAAGAAAUACAGUUGGAUGAACUCUGGAGCAGGCGGGGGUGGAGCAGGUGCUGACAAUGAUGGCAAAGACAACAAGGGUUCCAGUCGAGGUAAACAAAGUCCAAUAAUAGCAGCAAGAGGCGACAGUGGAUUGCGGUACAGAGAAGUCAGAGCGGGUAACUCUAUCGUGUUGAAAGAUUUAUUGGGGGCCAUUGAGCAUGAAAAGAGAGGUACCCAGGAAGCUAUAAUCAAAGGGUAUGCUAAGUUACGAGACUAA